AUGGCUGUGAGAAUGUACCGCCCAAGAUGGCUGGUGCAGGCGUUUUGGAUUAGCCGGCGUGUUGACAGACCCCGUACGUGGCCGGGUGCGUCCCGACGUAUGAGUGGGAGAUAUGAUGGUAUGAGGGCUGGUGAGAAUGUAGCCAGGCCCAGUGUGAGGUCGCACGCGUCUUUGGAUUAG